AGGGAAGGCUGAGUGGUGGCGUGGUGAGGUGAGCGAGGGUUGGUCGGGUCGGGUGGCGGGCUGCCGUACGCCUCGCUGCCGCCCCCUUGUGUCGCCGCACCAGGCCGUGACGUCUUUUGUCUUGAUAUAACACGAUACCUAAGAUGACACUCUCGGUGGCCUCCUGGUGACGGCCGCUCAGUCGCUCCUCCGACACCUCCAUGUAAACACGGCCAGGCGUGCUUGCUUGGCCUGCGUGAUGUGGCUACAGCCUCACGCGACGUAGCGGGGUGGUAAUGGUGUAUCCUUGUCCUUAAGCAUCUGCAGUUAGUGUGUGAACGCUCACCUGUUCUACAAGGACUACCAAACGGUAUCUCGAAGUGGCUCUUCCCUCAAUUGGCGUAGCGGGUGGUGGUGUGGCUCCAUCGCAAAGCAUCUAUACGCUCCUUGUAGUUACCAAUCAGGUUUGCAACGUUAACCUGUUAAGCGAGGAAAUCCAUGAACAAUAUCGCGAUGCAGGAAACCAUUCAAGCUCCUCUGGUCGUGAGUUACUCCGAAAAUAUGUUUAGAAAGCGACGAAUUUGACUUUAAUUGGAUGCCAUGGAGUGGAAAGGACUGUGGACGUAUGUUGGACAGCUCAUUCCGGGCUCCGGCAGAGGAGACACCACUGAUGGGGAAGAGGAGAACAAGGACACUCCGAGGGUUGUGAGGCACCGAAGGCGAAGGAGGAGAGCUAGAGUGAGGGCGAGGGGCGUGAAGGAAGAGGGAGCAGAGGGAGGAAGUGUCUCAGCAGGGCCGGAAGGGUCCAGCCCCGCCAGGUCAGUCUUUCCUGUCUAUCACUCUGAUUCUGACACCGAUAGUGAAGAUCCUGGAGAAGAGGAAGAGAUAGAGGAAGAAGGGAGGAAUAUAAGGGAGGAAAGGGGAGAGGAUCGAGAUAAUAAUAAUGACGACGACGACGAUGACGACGGCAACGAUGAUGACACAGAUGAGGAGGACAGCGACGAGGAAAGGGACACAGAUGAUGGCGCUUCCUCAUCAUCGUCGUCAUUAGUGUAUCAAAGUGAAGAGAAGGAGGAGGAGGAGGAGGAGGAGGAAGGCGACGAAGAGAGGGAGGAGGAUGAAGAGGAGGGCGAGGAAGAGGAGGAGGAGGAAGAAGAAGAAGAGGAAGAGCAGGAGGAGGAAGAAAAAGAAGCUAAUACUGAAAACGUGAAUAACUCGGCGAAUGAAUCAGGAGAGGAGAGGGAAGGCGGCAGGAAGUCGACGAGGCGGGAGGAGGGAGAAAAUGACAUGUCGAACGAGAAGGAAGAGACUCGUUGUGAUUCCUAUGACGUGGAGGAAGAAAGAGAGAGAACUGAGGGAAGCACAACCAAAGGAAACGACGGAAAGAAUGGUGAUGGUGGUGAUGGUGAAAGAGACGGUGACGAUGAAGAAGAUACAAUGGAUAGUGUCAGAACAAGCGCAUCUGGAAGUGUUCACGACAUUAAGCGUUCCUCUUCUACUGGCGGUGAAGAAGUUAAGGAAGAACAAGACGCCCACGACAGAGAAAAAACUGAGAGUGACGAUGGAUUGAAUGCAGCAGACGAGACAAACAGGAUUGAGAAAUGCGGUGAAAAAGUGACACAACAAUUGGACGUGGAAGAUGUUGAACAACAAGAUACCAAAGACAGAGGAGACGGUGGCGCAAGCGAAGUAAAAGUCGGAAGUGAAGAGGGAGAUAAAGGAGGGUUUAAUGAUGAUGCAACAAAUGAUAGCAGUGCAGCGGGUGAGCAAGAAGCGAGGGGGUCGAGCGAGAAAGCACAGUCCGUCACACUGCGAAAGGAGCAAAAUUGUGAAAAAAUAGAAGACAAAAGAAAGGCCCUGAAGGAGGAUACUGAUCGUAAAGCACUCAAAACUCAAAGAACACUACCAAAAACGCAUGCCAGCAAAGCAGAUGAUGGUGAAGAAAAAGAGCCGGAAAACGAGAGCGAAAGUGAAAAGAACGAAGAAGAACACAAACCAGACGAGAGGCGAAAUAAAAGAAACAAUGGAGAUGAGCAUAAAAACGGACAAAAAGACAGAGAACCGACACAUGAGAAAGAAAACGGAGAAAAUCACGAAGCCCAUCAGUCGACACUCACAAAAACAGGGGCUUCAGAAAAUGGGAACGAGAAAGACUGUGAUCAACCCGAGGCGCGAUCAGACACAUCACCAGAGAGAAAGCCUGGAGGAGCAAAGGAAACCCCUCUGUCGGAUAAUCAGAACACUCAAAGACUUCCUAUGAAAGAUGGUGAACGUACUGACGCAAGAGAAUCUGAGGGAGACAUUGUUCUUAACACAGAGGAAGCAGUUCAAGGCAGCGGCGGGGUAGACGGCGCUGGCAUUGUGGAGGAAAAGACUGAACGAAAGCAAGAUGAGGAUUUCGCUACAAAAGACAAUGCGGCGGUAAUCGGAGCAGACGACAAGAGAAACAAAACAGACAGCGGUACAAACAAUGACACAGCAGCUUGCAAAGUAGAUGAGAAAGUAAUGGGAGGAGAACAAGUAGAGAAUGGAAGGGAGGAAGUAGUGAAUAACGGAGUAAUUUGCCAAGAUGACGUUGAAUACAAAGAAGAUACAAACAAAACAAACGGACUGGAAGAUGGAACAUUGCAUGAGUGCGUGAUAAGUGAUGAUAAAGAGGUGAAAAAAGUAGAAGAGACAAAGAAUGAUGAGACUCCAAUUGGAAGCAACGGAGCAACUGGACAGCAAACCAAAGAUGCUGGAAACGAUGGCCAAGAAAACACCAGAGACAUCAUUUCGCCGCAUGAAACUCCAGAAGAAGAGGAAAGUGAGCAGAACGAAAAAAAUAAAUGUACGGAGAAGGGAACACUCCACACACACAUCGAGGAAACACAAAAAAGCAAAAGUGAUCAAAACGUAGAUGAUACCGAUGACAGAAGCAUGAUUACAUCUGUCAAUGAAAACUAUACAGAAGGAAAACCACUGGACGUCACUGAUGCUGGAACAGUUAAAAAGCAGUACUCAGGCAAUGCGAAAGGAGAAACAAAUGAGGAUGAAGAAGCGCAACUUAAUAGAAGGGAAGCUGAUGGUAAGAAACAAGAAGACAGAAAAGAAUCUGUGAGGAAAGAAGUUAUAGAAAAAGUAGAGGAAGCAGAAGAGGAACAUGAAGGACAACCCGACGCUUCUGCAGUUCAGCUAACACAGGUGAGCAUGAACAGGGAUGACGAAGGUGAAGGAAAGAGAAAGUACAGGGUGAAGAAAGUAGAAAUGGAGCCAAAGAUGAAGGACGAUGCAGACGUGGAAGACAAAGAAGAGGAAGAAGAGAAAGAAGAAGCGAAAGAGGGAGAAGCAAAUGCAGAAAUCAUUGAGGGAAAGAAAGAAAACGAAACACCGAGUGAAAAUGGAGAAAAUGAAGAUAGUGAAAAUGGAGGAGGUGGAAAGGAAGAAGAAGGAAAAGAAGGAAGAGUAGGAAAAGGAGAUAGAGGAGGAGGAGGAGGAGGAGGAGGAGGAGGAGGAGGAAGAGGAGGUGGAGGAGGAGCAGGAGGAGGAGGAGGAGGAGGAGGAAAACGACGCAGAAGAAGAAGAAAAAGCAAACUUGGUAUGAAGAAAGACGCGGAAAGUGAGAAGGAGGGAGACUCGGCGGAGCAAGACUUUGAAACAAAUACUGACAAUCAGAAUGAGCAGCCUCAUCUGAGAGCAAAAGACCAAGAAAUGACCGAGGAAAAACCCGAAAGUGAAAAGACGACAAGCAUGGCAACAGGAAAUAAGGACGCGGGAGGUAAAGAUAGCAAAUUAGAAAAUGCGGGUGAAGGACAUGAAGCUGAGCCAGAAAGUAAAGCCGAACCGAUGAAUGCAGUGAGCCACCAUUCAACAGCCGAGAAAUGUCCCAGCAAAGGUUGUGACGAUGAAGAAGCAUCGUCAAACACUGUCAGGAACACAAAUGAGGGUACAGCCGAACCGAUAUUUAAACGCAGUAGCCAAGGGAUGAAUAAAGCACCACAGUUUUCAGACGUCGCAAAACAGAUCAUGAAGGAGGUGCAAGAAACCCGCGACAGACGCAACAAGUGCUUGCGUGAUCUGCGCAGCAUGAAGCCCAAGGCCGCCAGGAUUUAUAUGGUCAGGAGAUAUAAGGAGAAAAAGGUGACAGAGGAAAAAGAAGCUUCAAACACAGCCACGCUCGGGGAGGAUAUUAGUGGAGGAGUGAAAAGCGAUACUACUGUGAAGUCAUUGUCGUCGAUUCCUGAAGCAACGAGCCAUAGUUCACCUCAGGCUUCCAAGGCAUCACAGAAACAUUCCAACAAGAUUAAUUCACCCUCAAAGAAAAAUAUGGAGGCAGAGACAUCCGUGCAGUCAGUAGAGAAUCAUGAAGUUUUAGAGCAGUCGAAGGAGCUCCAGCAUUCCCCAGACCAGGAACAGACUGCUGCUCCAGUCAAGGACAGGCCUAAUGAGUUGCAUGAAGACUUAGAGUGUAACGGGAAACCCACAAAUAGUUCACCAGGGCCAGAGAUAAAGACUCUCACGCAAUUAUCGGUGGAGUGCAGCGCAUCUUCCUCUCCCGAAAGUCCGGAAGAAGGACGCCCACCUCCCAGCAGCACGACAGAGGGUGAGAGGAAGCAGCAAACAGGAAAGAAUGAAAAACAAGCAGCGAUUCUUCCUGACGUAACAGAAGUGACAAGAAGACCACUGGCCCCACUCUUGUCAGAACGACAUCUGCCCCCUGAUGGCGGUAAGGUGAACUCCUGUACAGUGGAGGGCAGUGAGCCACGGCAACCUGAUUCAGAUGAUACUCUUUCUAAAAAGUCGGUGGAGACUAAGGCGGAGCCAACGGAAGGGAGGGCAGAUCAGUGUUUGGUUGCCGCUGGUCGCGCGAGGGUGUGUUGCGUCUCCUCUACCAUCACCACCACUACCGCCGCUUCCAUUACCACCACCGCCGCCGCCGCCGCCGCCACUGCCGCCACCGUUGCUCUUUCUCGCUUCGCUCACCCCGUUGCAGGCGCGGCACCCGACAAGGUGACAGAAAAGGCAAAGGCCACAAAAGACGUUGUUGACAGUAAUGGUAAUUUUGAGGCUGGAAAAGCAGAGGACGAGAGGCCGCUAAAAGAGACGGGGAACAUUCAGCCCAAGGUUGUGGAAGUGAAGCAUAAGAGUGGAGUGGAGCCACGCGUGGAGCUGCUUCCACUAUGUAACUCACCUCGCAGUGCGGGUGCGACUUGCGCCGCAAACUCGCCCACCGCACCAAAGCAAGACAAAGCGACGAGAGAACAGGCGCAGGAUCUGAAAGAAACACAGACCCCAAGGAUCAAGAGUGAAGUACACACGUCGGUCGCCGCACAACGCAGAGCCGUGAACUUGGAGAUUCUUCAGAACGCAGAGAAAGCAAGGAGGGAAAAGGUGGGCAUUUUCCUCAAGGUGGACGAUUGUGCUCAGCGAGUCAGCAAAGUAGACACAGAGAAGACCACUCGAUCGAUGAAACAGGACGGUACUAAAGUGACCACAUCUGUCAACACAAGAUUUACUUCAGAAAAUGGAAUCGAGGGAGACGCUCUGGAAGGACCUUGGGCAACGCCGCAGUUGGCUCGAGUGGUGCAGGAGCUCGUGGUUUCUAGGAAAUUCAACAUGUCUUCCGCUCAGGCCAAGAAACGUCAGCAAAAUCUCACACAAUUGGACGCCUCGCAGAAGGAUCGCACUCUUAUAUUUGAUAGUUCUAGAUUGAUUAAGACAAAACAUGGAAGUGAGAGAAGUGAAAAUCUCCCGCAGCCAGAAAAUGAGGCUGAUCAGAGGCACAAAGUGGGAAGCAAGAAUGCUUCAAAGAUUACUGGGAGAAGGAACGGGCGAGGUGGUGCCAGUGGGGAUGAACCGACACAAGUCAGUCCUGCAGAUAAGAAAAAGCAACUCCAACGCCAGGCCGCGAGCAGCACUGAGAUGCAGAGCGAGCCUGCAUCUGUCGCCGAGGACGGGAAGGACGGUGACCGGGACUGUCUCGAAUCACACGAUCACCCUCAGUCUUCCACCAGAAUGACUGCAUCAGAGGAACCUACACAAGCUGAGUGUGUGCAGACAGACGGAACGAGUGUGAACACUGUAAAUGUUAUUGAGGAAUACAACAGAUGUGAAGUCGGUAGAGCAAAACUCAUUGACAAUGAUAACUGCGGAAAGAUGCAGUCUUCGUUGAAAAUAGAAAAGCUUUCUCGCUCACCAAAGCAAACAAGAACCAGAUUACAUAAAGUCGUUGAAAAUUUGUCCCUCAAACAUAGUCAGGUGUCCCCAAAAAGUUCCCCACCGCCAACCUCUCCGGGGUUUAGUUCAUCAUGUAAUUCCUCUCCAAUAUCUGCUAAAGACUCGCCCAAAUCGUCACCAGUAGUUUCACCGUCAUUUAUUUCUUCACAGACGAGAACUUCAAAGUCAGUUGCCCAGAGUCCGAGAGUAAGGGAAACUCCUUCCUCCUCGGAAAUAAAAGUAACCGGACAACACGUAGCCACAGAGACAGCAUCGCCUGUCGGUACGCCGAGGCAGUCUUCUGAGGGAAAGGAAAAUUGUCUUGUGGGGGAGAGUGUAAUAAAGAGCAAGGAAUGUGAGAUCCCAAGUCCAUUAAGGAAAACGCCAUCUCGCAGUGAUCCUCCCACUGAGCUCAUUUUUAAUUUCGUGAAGCUUCCACAAAUCCUUACUGAUCAUUGUAAUGCCAAUAAGAAGGACCAGCACUCUAUCGCGGACGAGUCUGAUCUCCAGAUGGAAUCCAGAGGAGGACACACGCGAAGUAAAGAGCGACAGAAGACAGAACUCCAACUACCACGAGCCUCCAAGUCGAGUACUGGGAAGCUAGACUCAGAUAUUUUACAGUUCUUUGAAUCUCAGCAGCAAAAGCCCAGGGAAAUCUUACGAAAUGAGACUGUCAUUCAAGAGCAUUUCAAAGACAGCAACAGUAUCAGUAAACUGAAGUCAGACAGCGGGAGAAAACUCGAUCAGGAUGCCAAGAAAACCAGUGCAUCUACCCCUCAGUCUAAAGGUUGUUCCCACGACAACAUUGAGCCCGGUAGGAGAGAUCGCACCUCUAGUGAUCCUAUGGACAGAGUCACUCACGAGAAUAUUGCUGGAAAGUUAAGAGCUGUGAAGAGUUUUGACGAAACCUCGGCGAUAAAAUCAUCAAGUGAAGAAGAUGAAAAACCACAGAAAAUGAAGAGCGUCGAGGGAACAGCGAAACAUGUCACCUCCAAAAGCCAUGAAGGAAAACAAGUAGAGCAAGGUGGGGAGAGUAAAGCUGGCGAGAAGAACUUCAGCAUUUCCACCGUGACCAACACCAGCAGCAAAACUGACGCCGCCCGCCAGACGAUACAUACGGUACAGGGUGAACCAGAGGAGGAAGAGCAGGGCGAUAAAGGAAAAAUACCUGCCUCGGUACAUAGUCAAGAAUCUACAAAUCAAAGGGUUGUUAUCACCAGAAAUGCGUCUCAAGAAAACACUAGAAGAAUUACGAAAACUAACCUGACUCGCAUUACAGGGAAGGAAAAUAAUGAAAGGUUACUCGACAGUGCCAAGAAUCCAGAACCCUCAGAAACGGGACAGGCUGAUGUUGAUUCUGAAGUCACACCACAAAGCACUACAGUGGCACCAAAGAAAAAGAACACGCUGAAAGAUAGGAAGCUCUCAAAAGUUCAGAUGGAUGAAUCACAAGGAAUGAAAAAUCAGGAGGGAGUUGAAAGUGAAAGUCUUGUGAAUAAUGCAGUGUCUGGCAGCGAAAGGGGAGAGAUAACAGAUAGGAUGCUGACGAAUAGUGGUGAUACUAAUUUAUUUCAAGAUUGCCUCUCCACCGUAAGUAAUGAGAGACCGGAGGAUGAAGCAGCGGUGUCUCAGGAUAACGGAGGCACCCUGUUCGUGGCUGUUGGCCAGGAAUUGAAAGAAAACACUAAGGAAGCAGGAAUGCAAAAGGCACAGAUAGGGUGUGAAGAGAAGUUACCCUUGCAAGACGAUCGCGCGGAUGGGGUUGCCAACUCGUUGUUUAACAGGAGUCUUGUUCUUCAGGCAGCCCACCCACCUCUUCCCCAGCUUCCCCCAGUAUCCUAUGCGGACCACGCCCCUCACUCGGGAUCGUCACCAACCAAGCCAGACUCGAAGGUGGGUGAAAGGAAACUGGACACCAAGGCUACUGGAAGAGUCGUGCCUCUCCAGGACGAGCAGCACCAGCAGGGUGUGAGUGAAGAUUCUAAAGACACUUUGAACAAGGUAGUCUGUCCAGUUACGAAGAACCCAGACAGGAAGGAAGUGAUGAAGAAACAAACUCGAGAUUCUGUAACAUUUCAUCUUACUUUAGUUGCCACUGGCAGCUGCAAGAAAGAGAGAGAUGCAGAUCAAACACCACCAGAAACUUCUCAAGAUAAUGUCUUAAUUAAAAAAAAGAACGGCACUUUCCUCGAGACCUGUGUUGACGAUGAUCCUCAGCAACAUGAGAGAAAAGGCUCCCAAUCUACUAUUCACAGUGCUCCUGGCGACACCAUCAAGGCCGCUUAUAAUGAAGAGGAGAAAACGGAGGAUACAGUAUAUACUGAGAGACUGAUGGAGACUAACAAAACUGUGAGCACUGGACGAGGAGGUGCCAUGGAGGCGUCAGGCCGAGGUACUGCUGCUCGCAGGCUGCCGAGGAGUCACCGAAGACUUACCAAAACUAUAUCUGAAGGAAGUUUCACCCUUGGCCAACAGCAAGAACCUGACGUCAGUGACCCUCCUCAUCAGAAUCCUGAGAAGCUUCCUCGUCCGCCUUCUUUGCUACGAAGCCGGACAGAGAGCGAGUUUUCUCCUGAUAGGUUGGCGGCCUCGGCCACUGCGGUAGAGUGCGUGGCCGCAGCCAGAACGUCAACGGUCAGUGAAAUAUUUGCCCGUGGGGUGUACGGCAGACUCAAGGCCAAGAGCCGCAGCGUUGAGAACAUCCGGCUGUCAAGCUUAUGCUGCGUCGAGAUACCUUUUCCUGCUGACGCCCCAGCCCCGCCCGUUCCUGCUCCACGUUCAAGUGUUUUUACUGCUUCGUCUUCAUCUUCCUGCCGCAUCGUCGGUGUCUUGAAGAAAAAACAUUCCGCUGACAGCAUCCUCGACUCUAAAUCUUCACCUAAAGUAGACUUCCGGUCACCUGGAGGAUUCAGAGGCACCGCUAUAAAGCCAAAAGCAGAAUUCCUUCCUGUUGGUGAAUUAGAACGUGCUAAGAGCGAACAUCCAAUGCAUGACACAACAUGUAGUCAAGAUCGAUCCCUUGUCUUGGUUUCAUCAUCAGAAGCGCCGCAGGACACCACAGCUCGUCAGGUGUUCAGAGAAAAACAAGGAAAGUUGGUCAACAAUACUUCAGAUCAAGAAAAAAUACAAAAAAUAUCUCCUUCUGAGGGUGCAGUGGGAGAAACUCCUAUCUACCAGAAUAUACCCGAGGCUCUUCUUUGUCAGAAAAAAGCAGAAGCAGUGAUGGCGGAAGGCUCGCUGAACAUCCAAGUGAUGGAGGAACCACAACAGAAAUCUGCUGCAGGCGACCAGAGAAAACCCGCCCAAAAAUUUAUACACAUUUACGAAAAUGUGCCAAUAAUCGCUGGGAGAGAACCACAGGAUGAAGCAAUGGUCCUGGAAUCUCCAAAGAGAAUAGUACAGCAAACUACAGAAAAGCCAACAGGUGGAAAUGAGUUUACAGACUCUCCCAGCUCAAGCAGCUGGUCGUCCACCUCUCCUCUGGGCGACGUGUUUUUCCCAUCCAAGCGGACCACUUUUGAAAAGACUUCCCUCAAAAGAAAACAACAGCCAGAAUCAGAAAGCAGGAUUGAGAAGCAGAAAUCUAAUUACAUGAAACAAAGGACGGUGAGGGUUGGCAUUCUUAAGAAACAGAAGUCAGACAUCACAGGAGUGCGGCUUCAGAAACUGCAUUACUUCGACACUGAAUUGCCCGGAGAGUUGCGCAGAUCCUAUUCAGUGAGUGGUGGCGGCGUCCAAAGCAAGGGGCAGGGAUCGCCUAAGAAUGAAGCCGAAGACGGCACAGAUCCUGAAGGACCGAGUACUGACGCAAAACAGAAAGAAGACAGAGAAGAGCUGAUUGAUCUGGAACGCAGGUGCCACAGCUCCAUCAGCGGUGGCAGCAACACGAGCAGGAGCAGCGCCAUCGACCGCAUUUUACAGACUUGUGCCCCUUGCAUAUCAAGCAACACCACCAGUUCAACACUUGAUCUCUCUUCGUCCCCCAUAUCCCGUCCUAAACCUACACAGAAAAAAAGCGGCUUCUACUGUGGCGGGGACACUAUGGGAGGGGGAGGAGGGCGUUCCAGUCGCCGCCAGCAUACGCGGACGAAGCAUCCGUACAAGUCUUCUUACUCUUCAUCUGACGUAACAUUGCUUACUUCCGGCGCAUCGUCUCUUGUUUCCCAAGAUACUCUCACUGACAGGCAAUCCACGAAAGCAGCGCCAGAAGAUUGCAUGGAAGCAUUAGACUGCGCCAAGAGUGAGGACCAAACAUCCAAGACGGCAGAAGCUGCAGAGUCUGGCCAGAGCAACGGCAGUCAGGACACGGGAAGUACUUCUGGAUUGGCUUCUUCAGAAUAUUCCAGCAGCAAUGGUGAAGCAACGAACGCUAAUAAGCACAUCAUUAGUGAUAGCAGUCUCGGUAACUUUGAAAGGAAAAGCAGCACACCGACGCCGACUGAACAAAUUGGUGGGGUUAACAGUGAUACAGAUUUUUAUAGUGAAUUGCUUGAUACCAUUCUUAGUGUUGUUGACGGGCAGGAGCAAUCCUUCUCGGGGGAAAUUGAAAAUCUAUGUUCCUCAGAGGGGGCAGCAUCGCAGCCUAGCGAGGAACAGAAAAGCCAAUCACACGAUGACAGCAAUAAGACCAACAAAACAUCAGAUCGUCCGGCCGCAGCCAGCGACUCAGACUCCACCACCAGCGUGGACUCUGAGCUGGCCGAAGUGCGGCGCCGCAUCACAGAAAGGUUUCCCCCUACGCCGCGCUCUGACCCCGAGGCCAGUCAGGAGUCCGUGCUGGCCUCCCCUAGUGCUGUGUGCCCCAUGCCUGACUGCGCCGCUUGCCGCUCCACUAACCUCUCUGAACCUUUGAUGUUCGCCUUCGACCAGCCCAUCACGCCCCCAGCCCAAUGUGAACCGGGGCGCGCUGCCAGCCUCCCCUUCGUCGACCACACAUUCACGAGUACCGGUAGUAAUGACCACUUCACAAGGUCCAGCAGCCUCCCGCACGACUCGGAUAUCUAUCACAGCACCCAAGUCAUGUGCCGCCACGACCAGGACGAGGAGGAGUACUGGAGUGCUGGUGAGGACACGGCUCGAGGCACUCCGCAGAGCACCCCGCGCCAUCAGUCUUCAUAUCAAGGACAUUUACCUCAGCACCUGAAACAACAGUGCUCCUCGAAUCCGGUCUCUUUACAUGUACUCUCGUCCCCCGAAGACUCGCUCACCAAAGACUCAGUUCUGCAGGACUCUUCUCCACAUGAUUCAUCUCCUUUAACAGACUCCGGGGUCGAGAUACUGAAAGAUCACAGUGAGCUCUCGAGUAACCAGCUGGUGGAGGAAGUGUCGCAGUUACGUCUGGAGAAUGAAAAGCUGACGAUAAGGAAUCGAGGUCUGCAGAGCGAGGUGGAGGAACUGAGGAGGGUGAAGGAGAGUAUCGUGGAGGAAGACCAACACCUCAAACCCAAGAUCAGUGAGAUGACCGUGGAGCUGACGCACGCCAAGGAGGCACUUUCAGCCUUGAAAGCAGAUAGAAAGCGCUUGAAGGCUGAGAAGUUUGACUUGCUCAACCAGAUGAAGCAGCUUUAUGCCACAUUGGAGGACAAGGAGAAAGAGCUAAGAGACUUCAUUCGGAAUUAUGAACAGCGGAUGAAGGACAGUGAUGAGUCUCUUAGGCAUUUGGCAGCCGAAAGGGAUGAAACAGAGCGGGAGAAAUGGAACAUUCUGAAGCAUGCAAGGGAUGAGUCAGAGAAAGUAGUGAAGCUCUCAGCACAGCUUGGUCUCAAGGAAGCCACUGUGAAAAAGCUUCAGGAAGAACUUGACAUGGUCCGGAAGCAGCUCAACUCUGUGGGUUACUACAGUGAUGCAGAGUCUGUCAGGACCAAUGGAUUGCCCACUCCUACUGCCUCCACCCCAACCUGCUCCCCACUGCCUGUGGCCACACCCACACCAACCCCUAAUGGACGUGGGUCAUCAGCCGACUCGGGUGUGAGAGUCUCCAGUGACCGGGAAUCAACUGCCAGCCAUGAUGGCACCCCUUUCUUUCCCCUGGAGCGAGGGUCUGUGGAUUGCGAUACGUAUCGAUGUCCUGCUGUGCCCCAGUACCUCUAUUAUGCCUGUGGGCCAGACACCCCUAAAGAGUCCCCCUCACUCUCCCCCCUGUAUGCCACUCCUGCGUACAUUCGGGCAGGGGAUGACCAGCCAGGUGGAGGGGAUAAAACGCCUACCAGUGUACAAACUCCAGCUACCAUGAGUGGCCUUGCUAACAGUAGUGCCAAUGCAGGGGGAUUGAGUCGUUCCGCUGAGCAAUUGUGUGAGCGUUUGAGUGAAGCUGGUGAGAUCUCAAAGGCACAAGGAACUAGCACAUUGAUGCGCAAGAAUCACAAGAGUGGUGGAACUUGGGGAUCCAUCUCUAGGGUCUUCGCACGACAGAAGAAACGAGCUGCCCUUGAUACUUCAAUAUAUGAUGGUAGUGGGAGUGACAAGAGGGCAUCAUGGUCUCCAAGCUCCUCCCUCUGUGCCUCUCCACUAACUGAAGAAAGCUAUUCUGAGAAGCUGAGGCUACUGGAGGAGGCACAACACAUCCCUCUGGAGAGGUGGAAAGCUCCCACAGUUCUUGCCUGGCUAGAAGUCACUUUGGGCAUGGCUCAAUAUGGUGCAAUGUGUGCAGAAAACAUUCGGAGUGGAAAGGUUCUGCUUGAGCUUAGUGAUUCAGAACUGGAGGCAGGUCUUGGAAUCACACACCCUAUGCACCGAAAAAAGCUUCGGUUAGCUAUUGAGGAGCUGCGGGAACCCCGGCUAACUAGGUACCCAAGAAUCUCAGCCUUAGGGCACACUUGGGUCUCCUCUGAAUGGCUUCCAGACCUGGGCUUGCCUCAUUACUCAGACAGCUUUGCUAAUAGCCUGGUUGAUGGUCGCCUCCUAGAUGCCCUCACUAAGAAGGAGCUGGAGAAGCACCUUGGUGUCCACCGUAAAUUCCAUCAAGCAUCUAUCAUUCAUGGGGUUCACCUUUUGAGGAUUGUGAGGUUUGACAGACAGGUUCUGGCUGAAAGGCGGAGGCAGUGUGAGCUGGUAGAUACAGAUCCUGUGGUGUGGACCAACUUGCGAUGGGUUCGAUGGGCACGAUCCAUAGACCUGGCAGAGUAUGCAGACAACCUCAAGGAUAGUGGUGUUCAUGGUGCACUAGUGGUACUGGAGCCAUCAUUCACUGCAGACACCAUGUCCACAGCUCUUGGUAUUCCACAGUCUAAGAAUAUAAUCCGAAGACAUCUGGCAACAGAACUUGAAAGUCUUGUUAACCCUGCAAGGCAGCAGCUGGAUGAGCAAGCUAGGUAUGCUAAGAUGGAGCGACGGAGGCAGGAAAAACUGGCAUCGGGAGGCAGCCUUGGGAGAUCCUUCUCUCGCAGCUAUGGUACAGGCCUGGAGAAGGGUGACAAAGACAAGCGAAGAGCCUCAUUAAGGCCCUUGCAAAAACAGGCUUUUGCAUUUCCUACACUACCGUCUAAGUUUGGCACUUGGCGGACCUCUCAGGGGUCACUUAGCCGAGCUCUUGGACUGCGGCUAAGAGAAGAAGCUGCAUCAGGGGGCAGCACCAAUGGUGGAGGAGAGUCCUCUUCCUCAGGUGGACAGUCUCCUGCAGUCACCACUCGGGCCCACCCUCGCCAUGGUCACCAUGCCCGGCCACGCUCUUCAAUCAUGCCUUCUCAAGCAUACUUCCACCAUGAGACUCACCGCCGUGUGAAGAGUAUUGGAGACAUUGAGACUAUUACGGUGACACCAGUUUAGCAAAUGUAGAAUGGUGUUCUGUUUACUUCUCUCCAAGCUUUUGUUGAAAUGCAUAUUCAAAUCAGUAUGGUGGCUUAUCUUAGAUGCAUUAGGUUUGUGUGGAAAUGUACUCAGCCACCCAUUACGGAAAUCACAAAAACAAGUAAUAUUUUAAUAUUCUAUUGUGAAAAGUGUGAAAAGCAUGGUUGAAUUGUCUCCAGAGCAGGUGGAGACUCUUCCAGCCUUCAAGCACCCCUCGCCUCCCCAACAACUGCCAACCAACUUCUCUUCACUGAUAAUACUGCCAAUCUAGAUAUUUUCAUACCUUAUCUGAAACACAGAUUCAUAUCAAAAUGUUUCAUUACCUUAAUACUAGUCGAGUACAAGACAGCAAGGAGCCACAGGGACCACAAGCAGAAUGCCUUCCCCUGUGUGUAGUCUCAGGCUGGUAGUUUUGUGUAAGCUACAUUUUAAUUCAAGACUCAGUCUUAUUAUCUUUUUGACUGAUUACAACUAUGACUUAGCAUAUUGUGUACCUUUACAUUAGAUGUUGAAAGGCAAAAAGCACAGCACAUAGCUCAAAUGUUAUUUUGUAUAUAUCUGUAAAAAGAAAAAAAAACAAUUUGCCUAGCAUGAUAAGGAUGAGGAUAGUAAAAUGACGAGGCAUGGGACCAGAUGAUAGUAAUUGCAGUUAUCUGAAGGGAAGACACACACCUGGGGUCAGCACCAGAGUCAGGGUCAUUCACUCUGCUACACCAGCCACAUACAUGUAUGUCUGUCUUCUUGAAAUAUCCAUGAAGUCUCACAUGAGGUAGUAGAAGACCUUAGGAAGAACUUUUCAUGGUUAUAGUUAGAAAAUGGCAGAAAAUUUACCAAAGGUAAAGUAUAACUGUGUAUAGCCAUGUCACUUUUGUACUUAAAAGUAUUGCUAUGGUGUUAGUAAAAUGUAAACUGUAUUUGCUUCAUCUUAAUAGGUUGUUGAGUGUUCUAUGUCACAGCACCCCACAUGUGUGCUCAAACCUUUAAAUAAAAGCAGCAUACUGAGGUAAGAUUUAUGAUAGAAUGAAUAAAUAAAUACAAAAAUAUAUGAUUUUGUGAGUUGAACUACACAUGAAUUGUGAAUAUAGUGAGCACAGUGUUACAGUUAUGUAUCUUUGACACAAACUGUAUUUUAUUUUUAUUGCCUUAUCAUUUUUUACCAAUAGGCCAUGUUACAGUUUUUCUUCUCUGUUUACUGGAAAAAAAGUGAAUUUCCUAGUCAGUUUCAUAUGUGUGUGUGUGCGUGCGUGUGUGUGUGUGUGUGUGUUAUUGUACACCAUUCAGGAUUAUAACUGAAAUGUAAGCAGCAGCAAAAUGGCAGAAUUUAUAAAAUAAUGUUGUAGGUGGUAGUAUGAAUAACUUUAUUAAUAUGAAUAAAUUUACUCUUUACUCUCCAAAAGAUUAUGCUCAACUUUUAAAAAUGGACAAUGAAUGGUUCAGUUAAUGUCAGUUUGCAGACUAUGUACACCAUGACAUUCUCUUACGGAUUUCCCAGGAAUGUUAAUUUUUUAUCCUCUUGUCAUACUUUUCUCUCUCUCUCUCUCUCUCUCUCUCUCUCUCUCUCUCUCUCUUUUGCAUGUGUGUGUAUUUGUGAAUUAGUGUCGUCAUUUAGAGCACCUACAGCAAAGCAGAAUAAUUAAGUGAUCUCAGCUUAUAAACUGACUAAAAUUUCACAAUUAUUUGAAUAUUUGAUGAGUAUACAUUGUAUUAUGUAUAUGCAUGAAUUUAACAAGUUAAUUGUAAUGGUACUGUAUUUUUAGGUUCUCCUUACCCUCACACACACACACACACACACUGCCUCAUGGCUCAGUGGCAAAGGGACCGAGUCUGUGUUGGCUGCCAUGGAUGACAUAGGUUCGAACCCCACUAGGGGCUGGUCACCUCUGGGAUUUUUCUGCUAACAAGUAGAGCAGUUACUGACCCCCUGACUAGGGGGAUGGGGUGUGUGGUGUGUGAGGUCACAGUCUUACCCAGUGAUCAGUAAUAAUGAGCUCUGAGCUCACACCAAAAGGGUAACGACUGGUGGUUGCAGGCCUUGGUGAAUUACACACACACACACAUUCUGCUUUGUUACUUGAAUGAUGUGCUUUAGAGACAAGAAAAGCUACAAAAAUAGAAAAAAAAAAUUGCCUCAGGUAUAAUUAGUUAAGCUAGAAAUACAAUUGGAGCUCUUUAAUUCACCAGUCUGUUGCUUGUAAAUGCACUUAUGUUUAAAAGUAACUACAUGCUUUACUUAAAAUAAAAUUUAAAAUCAUGUGAUGACCAAAAUACAAUUUAAGGAUUGCAUAUUUUAUACAAAAAAGCAUUUUUUUUUUAAUUAAUGAAAAUACUUUAUUCAUACCAUACAGUUAGAGAUUUUGAUGAUAAUAGCAUGUUUGCCAUAUGGGUAUGAAUAGUAGCUUUUUACACUGUAGACCAAGAGCAAGUUUGUUUCAGUUUUACACAAGAGAUAGGAGAUUUGUCUGUCAUAGUGAAAGAUCAUGCUGUGACUGUAUGCUCUGUAUGUAUAUGUAAAUUUUGAUAAUGAUAUUUUUUUCAAUCUUUAAUAGCAUUGCUGACAAUAUUAGGUUAAGACAUUGUUGUCUAAUGUUACUAACUGUGCCGACACUCAUUUUUUUCUUUCUUUUUCCCCAUUUGGUCCACUUUAACAAGUUUUCAAGCUACGUUUGACAAAAUAAUUUAUCACAUAGAUGAAUAACUUGCAGAAAGCUCUAUUACAGUUGGUGUAUACUGACUAAGAGUUGCCAAAUUACUGCUGUAAUCUCAAUAUCAUGACUUGUUGAAGAUAUAAAUGUGAAAACAUAAUUUCUCUGUAUUUACUGUUGUGUUUUGUAUAAAAUGUCAGUUUUUAUGAAUAACAUUCAUUACAGUGCCGUUAAGAAGUGUAUGAAUAUGUAUUUUAAGAAAAACCAUCAACACCAUUCACAUAAUGUAAUAUGCAUACUUUACCAUAUGCUCUUGCACACAUAGCAGCAGUCACCAUUAUACAAUAACAGUACUUUGAGGCAUGAAUGAAAGAUGCAGUUAAAUGCACAAUGUAUAAUGGAGUGGUAGUGUAUUUUUAUGUACUACACAAAACAUUGUGAAAUUGUAUACUAUUAAGGAGUUAUUUUUCUUACAGUGAUGUCCCAACAGUAUAUGACUUUUAAGUGUAGUGUUAUUAAGUGGCUUUGACAACUUUUUUUUUUAUGGUAGCUUUUAACAACCAAGAUCACUCUCAAUACGACUGCAGUUGAUACCAAGUUAAAGGGCAGGUUUCAGAAGAUUAUUGGGAGGCAGUUGUUUGACAUUCCAAUAUGUUUCUAAUGAAACAAUAAAGAAAUUAGAUAUUUUUUUGUGUUAUUUAUGCUUGUGAAUGUGAUUGUGAAUCAGAAAUGUAUGCAUGAGACCUUGUCUUGGCUGUCCUCCUCUACCAGUCUGGUAUACAGACAGAUCACUUAAUGUUAAACUUCAAAAGAUUUCACAAACUCAGUGCUGAGAUUACUUGUUAUGUUGUCUUCAAGGAAGAUAUUACCUUGGUAGUAACUCCUGUGCUUAAGAAACCACUCUGAAUUAAGAUGCUCAUUAAGUGGUCAUCUAUACUUAGGUAAUUUAUGGAGAGAGAGAGAGAGAGAGAGAGAGAGAGAGAGAGAGAGAGAGAGAGAGAGAGAGAGAGAGAGAGAGAGAGAGAGAGAGAGAGAGAGAGAGAGAGAGAGAGAGAGAGAGAGAGAGAGAGAA